CUCGGCAGCACUGCUGCGUGCUGAGUUCUGGACAUUUGCUCCGGGAAGGCCGAGGGACAGGAAGUCUCUAGCUGAAGUCCAAACUUUCCCCAGCGAUCUUCUUCCAGAAGGCACCGACCAUGUCUGACUGCAGCCAGGAACAGGACGACAAAGAGUCCAACAGCGGGGAGCUGGAUGAGGAUGAAAUCCUGGCAACUCUGUCUCCCGAAGAAUUGAAGCAACUACAAAACGAGAUGGAAGUUCUGGACCCUGACCCGCUUGUGCCCUUAGGGCAGAGGCAGAGAGAUCACACAGAGAAAGCUCCCACUGGCUCCUUCGAUCACAGAUCCCUGAUUGACUACUUGUACUGGGAGAAGGAGUCCAGCCGAUUGCUGGAGGAGGAAAGGAUCCCGGUCAUUCUGCUGAACAACGAGGAGACUGUAGAAGGAAGAACUGAAGAACCACCAGCUGAAAAGGAGUGUGAAGAAGAGAAGAGUAAAAGUGAAAGAGACAGAGAUAAAGAAGAAGAAAGUACCAAACAUCUGAAUGGAAAUGGUCAGUGGAUUCAGCAAGAUAAUAACCUGGAGAACAAAGAAAUCAAAUACAAAUCAGAGAAAGAGAAGGAGACAUUAGAGAUGAUGAAGGCACAGCAAGUCAAAGAUCUGCCAGUGAUUGAACCUGAAAUUCAAACCGAAGACAAUGGCAGUAACCAGCUGGAGGGAUCGGGGAAGACCAUUCCGGAUCAACCUAAUGACCAGCCGAAGAUUGAAGACCCCAUUCUCUUGUGCAAUAAGACAGAGGCUCGUUCCUCCACUGAAGAACAGGUUGAAUGCAAUAACAAUAAAAAAGGCAGCGAAGAAGAAAUUUCUACACCACCCAAAGAAAGCCAAGAAAAUACUGAGGUGAAACCAAGAAAAGGAAAGGUAGGAAAGAAGGUAGGACUGGACAGUAGUUUCCUCAAACUGACUGCAAGGCCUUCAGGAAACCCAACGCUCUUGGAUGAGUCAUUGGCAGAUAUUCGCAAUAACAAACCUGACCUUAAAGAGGUCAACCUGAACAAUGUGGAAAACAUCCCAAAAGAUAUGCUGAAAAGCUUUGUGGAAGCUUUGAAGAAGAACAAACAUGUCACUUCAUUCAGCAUCACAAAUACAGGUGCUGAUGAUGAAAUCGCCUUUGCCAUAGCCAACAUGCUAAGAGAGAACAAAAAAAUUGUUACCCUCAAUAUUGAAUCCAAUUUCAUCACAGGAAAAGGCAUUGUGGCUAUCAUGAGGUGCUUACAGUUCAAUGAGAUUCUCACUGAGCUGAGGUUUCACAACCAGAGACAUAUGUUGGGUCAUCAUGCUGAGAUGGAGAUUGCCAGACUUCUCAAAGCCAACACCACCCUCCUGAAGUUGGGUUAUCACUUUGAGCUGCCAGGGCCCAGAAUGGUGGUCACCAACUUGCUAAGUCGCAAUCUAGAUCAACAGAGACAACGGAGGUUGGAGCAGCAGAGAAACCAGGUUAUGCAGGAACAAGAAUUGAUGAUGAAUGCCUGUCAAAAAAUUAACCCAGGCCUCCUAGAGAUGGUGGAUGGAUAUGUGCCCAAUCACUCCACCCUCUGUGAAGAACCUCCCCUUCCACCAAAUACCUGUUACAAUCGUCCAAAGAAAAUUGUUCGAGUACAGCUCAGAAAAAUUCCCAAAAAACAAAGUAAAAUUAAAACUUGUACUACAGACGGGAAUGACAAACCAAACCUGAAGGCAAUGUUAAAGUCACUAAAGCCAGUUCCCAGGACUCGACAAGCUCCUUUAGUUGAAAAUACCCCUCGAGAUGAGUUGUUAAAUGAUAUUCGUCAGAGCAACGUGGCUUAUUUAAAACCUGUUCCACUUCCAAAGCUGUUGAGUUGAGCCAGUAUGCCAGCAGCUUGGCUAAAAUUUUAGAGCUGUGCAACAAUAGGGAUGGAGUGUCACAAUCAAACAUGGACAGUUUCCUACUGUUUGCAUUUCUGUGUGGGAACAAUUAAGAACAGUUUAAAGGUUUUUGCAUUAUACAAAUUAUGUGUACUAAAAGCCUAUUGUCUUAGAAAAGUAUUUAUUCACUUUGAUUUGUAUCUUUGAAUCUGGAAUGUAUAAUAAAAUAAAAAAUGAUUGAAACAUUA